UGGUUAUUGCAGGAGGACGGGCGACAAAAGGUCGUCAGUGCGCUUGCCUACUCUGUCCAGGUGGCAGUGCCUUGCAAGCAACCGACUUACCUGAGUCAAACUGAACGGGCAGCAGCGGGGCACGUUGUGUGGCAAGUGUGCGAAUCGGGGAGUUCCUCCAGAAAGUGUGCACGAUGGCUGAACAAGAUAUCACCCUCUCUGAAGUCAGACAGCUCCUAGUGGAGAAUUCUGGUUUCUCUGAAAUGGCAAAUGCUAACAGCUUCUACGCACUUGAUAUUAAGGAGCAUGAUGUUGAAACGCCAUUUGGUAUUAUUCGCAUUGCAGUGCGUGGUGCAUCUAAAGGAACUCGGCCAGUUAUACUCACUGUUCAUGAUAUUGGAAUGAAUCAUAAAUCGUGUUUUGACACUCUUUUCAACUCUGAAGACAUGCAAGAAAUAAUACUGCAUUUUGCAAUUUACCAUAUUGAUUUACCAGGCCAGCAUGAAGGUGCUCCAUCUUUUCCAUCUGGAUAUGAAUACCCAUCAAUGGACCAAAUGGCAGAAUUAAUUCCAGCUGUUUUAAAGCAUUUUGGUUUGAAGAGUGUUAUUGGAUUAGGAGUUGGAGCUGGUGCAUAUAUCCUGACCAGAUUAGCAUUGACUUAUCCUGAUCUUGUUGAGGGACUGUGUCUCAUUAAUAUUAAUUGCAAUGCUGAAGGAUGGAUGGACUGGGCAGCAACCAAGUUUACUGGUUGGACUUCUAAUUUGACAGAUGUUGUGAUCAGCCAUCUGUUUAGUAAGGAUGAAAUAAAUUCUAAUCCUAAUUUGAUCCAGACGUACCGUACUCACAUUUCUACUGGGCUUAAUCAGCACAAUCUACAGCUUUUUGUUAACUCGUACAACAGUCGAAGAGACUUGGAAAUUGAGCGACCUCUUCCUGGACAGCAUCAUCAAAGAGUUACUUUAAAAUGUCCUGCCUUGUUGGUGGUUGGAGACAGUUCACCUGCAGUGGAUGCUGUGGUUGACUGUAAUACUAAGCUUGAUCCAACAAAAACCACUCUGCUAAAGAUGUCUGAUUGUGGAGGACUGCCACAAAUUGUUCAGCCAGCAAAACUUACAGAAGCUCUUAAAUACUUUGUGCAAGGAAUGGGCUACAUGCCUGCAGCCAGCAUGACCCGACUAAUGAGAUCCCGUUCAGCGUCAGGAUCCAGUGUAGCAUCUGCAGAGGGUAAUAGAAGCCGAGCUCACACUGGUGAGGCUGCGAAGUUUUAUAGUCAUCCAGCUAUGGGGUUGCACCAGAACACAAAUGCUAAUGCUAACCCAAAUGCUAAUGUGGGAAGUGUUGAACACUCUGGUCCUCAGUCAGCAGAGAUUUCAUGUUAAAACCUUUUCUGACCACCAUCCUAAACAAAAAUCAAACCUGUUGUAAAGUUACCCUCAAUGCAUUCUAUGGGCAUGUCAUAAAGGACUAGAAAUGAUACAUAUGGGGGGGGGGGGGGGGGGAACAUGCAGCAAGUGUAAUUUUUGUGCAUACUUUCCUGUUUGGAACUUUUUAAUUGGUGCCAUAUUUGAAUACAAAGGGUCCAAAAUUUGAUGAUAUGACAAAAUGCAUAGAAAUUGAAUUUUCUUUGGAAGCAGUGCAUUAUGGGUAACACUGUUCUCCAAACAUGCCCAUUGGUCACAUGUCAUGUGAAGCUAGAGUUAAAUCUUAAGAUGUGUAUAUAGUUUAAUUUCUUAAUGAAAAAUGUUAAAUCUUAGUUGCUACAACUUUUUGUAAAACUUUAAUUGACUGACUUUUCCACCUUGAUGUGCUGUUGCUUUUUAAACCAUAAGUAUAAAUAUUGCUUUUUUUUAAUGCUGCUGUUGCUUCCUGGUGCAAACUUGUCUUUAGUCUGCUUAGAUUUGGAACUAGGCAAGUAAAAUAUUGAUUUAAAAAAAUUUAAAAAAAUGUUUAGAAUAUUACUUCAUAGUUUCUGAUUAUUUUGAAGUUUAUAUUACAGCAAAUUUGUAUUUUUGGAUUCCCUCCCAAGUCUCCUUUUGAAUGACAUUGUGAUUUCUAGCAAAUUUUUAAUGCUUUGAGGUAGUACUUAGAGUUGCAGCCAAAAUAUGAAUUCUGAUUGGGUGCUUGGUGAUACGGUGUAAAUUUUCAUAUCCCAAGGUUUUUCAACUGGAAUUUUUUUCUGAGCAUGUAGCCAGUUUACAUUAUCCUGAAAUCUGUGGACAAAUAGGAAUACCAAGAUAAAUGUUAUAACCUGAAAAUGUAUUAUAUCGACAGCAUUAAGUAUGGUACUGCUGUGUUUGCCACACUUGCAUUUAUUUGCCCAGAAAUGUAUCUUGCUUUCCCUUGCUACCUAUGAUCCUGAUUUCCAAGUGAAGCAGAUGAUGCAUAUUACAUAAAGCUUAUUAGCCAAAAGGCCCACUCAAUGUGCUGUAAAAUUCCAUGCCAAAAAAUUCUGGAGAGAAAUGGUUAAGAUACCACGUUGACAAAUUCCUCUUCAAUGAUGUCACCUGUGUGCUAUUUUCAGACUUUAUUUUGUAUUUCAAGAUUUCCAACAUCUGCAGUCUAUGGAUAUUUUGUGUCCACACAAGAGCUUCCUCCUGAUCUUUAUCUUGUUCAAUCAAUGAUGUGGAAGUUGCAAAUAAGAGUGGAAGAAAGUUUAUAGGGGUGUGAAAUUGUCAUUAAACACUAGAUUCAUUACUUUACUAAUUGCUUAAUUAGGUAUAUGUAUGUUCUUUAGAUGCAUUUUUUUUUAAAAAGUCCUAUAACUCUUGAACUAAAUUUUAUAAUUUUAUGUAGUCUAAGUUGUCAUAUCAUAGAAUGCUGUCCUAGUGUGAUUACUUAUUGUGGUGUCCUAAAGAGAACACACUGGAGGCCUGCUUAAACACUUGCAUCAAGAAAGCUUGUUUUUGUUUAUCCUACACAGAACCAUACACCCUCCUUUGCAUAGCAAGAUUGCCUCCAACAGCAAGCUUAACUGGAAAUAAUAUUACAAAAUUACAACAGAGGUGUACCAGAGUGUUGAGUGGGGUGGAGGGGAAUAAAUGCUGCACAAUGUUAAUUUUAAACCAUAGUGACAUCAAAGGUAAACUGCAAUUAGUAUUUAUUGGGUUUGCCAUUUCAGUCUUAGCUGCAAGGAAGUUGGGUCUCGUAUUACAACAAUUUUAUUAUUCAUUCUUUAAAUUGGAUAUUAACUGCUGAAAUUUUGGGACAUCAGAUGGCAAACAUGAUAUCCUUCCACCUGUAUUUGCUUCACCAAAGUUUGGGAAUGGCAUCAGAGAUAGGGAAAUGCUCUUUCUGGCCUUGCAGUGUUCUGAGGCCAUAUUUGCUACCUAUAUUGAAUAAAAAGUUUUUCUUGCUGUUUUAUGUCACCAUCUAUAGAUCCAAUUUAUCAACAGAUUUUGGCUUGAAAGGUUGUGAUCCUUUUUGAUCUUGCAAAGGGCAGCAUGGAACAGUUUUGAAUAGUUAAAUUGACAAUGACUUGCACAUUUGUAUUUAUUUUGAAAAUAAAUUCUUGAAACUGCAAAA